CAGAAACAUAAAGACAAGUGUCGACGUUUUAAAGCGCGUUCACAUCAAAUCCCAAAGACUCCAUUUUUAUUUUCUUCUUCUUCCCAAAUUCAUCUUCAUCUUCUCGAGAGAGAGAAAAAAAAAAACAAGACUCUCUGUCUGUAUCUGAAUUUGUGUCUAUCCACGAUUCUCUCUCCUCUGUCUCAUAUAUUCAACAUCGUCACAAACAUUUAUUGUUUCGUCGGUCGUUUUCCACUUCUUCAUAUCUACACAAUAAUCAAUCGGGGCUUCCUUUGUUUUUUGUUAUGUGAAAAUGGUUGCAGAAGUAGAAGAAGAAUGAGAGAGUUAAGAUUAGAAACAAAGAAGAAUGCGAACCCUUUGUGACGUUUGUGAGAAAGCCGCCGCGAUCCUCUUCUGCGCCGCCGACGAGGCUGCUCUAUGCAGUUCCUGUGAUGACAAGGUUCACAAGUGUAACAAACUUGCCAGUAGGCAUGUGAGGGUUGGACUAGCUGACCCCAGUGAUGUUCCCCGAUGUGAUAUUUGUGAAAGUGGACCUGCCUUUUUUUACUGUGAGAUAGAUGGUAGCUCUCUCUGCCUACAAUGUGAUAUGAUUGUUCAUGUUGGAGGUAAAAGAACACAUAGAAGAUAUUUGCUUUUGAGGCAGAGAAUCAAGUUUCCAGGUGAUAAGUCUGGUAAUUUAGAGGAGUUACGGCUACCACCUCCCCUUGAUCCCGAUGAAGCAAGAAGGGAACAAAGCCAACCACCGAGGCUUAAUCAGCAGAAUCACAGAGCUACUCCUGUUGCUGAUCUGAAUAAUGAUAAUAAUAAUAAUGAUGGUGGCGCAAAAAUGGAUAACAAACUGAUUGAUCUCAACAGCCAACCCCAUAGGAUACAUGGUCAACCUUCAACUAACCGGGGUAUCGAUGCCCUUCGUGGCACUAAUCAUGAAUCCACAAGUGUAGUCCCAGUGGUGUCCUUUGAACGAGAGCCUGAAAAAUGACUAAGAUUUUCUGGGCAAUUCACUCCUGUGUCUAUCCGGAUAACAAAACAAAGGGCUCCGUUCUUACUCCUGUUUACACAUGUCUUUCCAUUUUCGCUGUCUGUUAUAUUUCUUGUGCAGAGUUGGUUUAGAUAAAAUCAUCCACCAAAAUAAGAAAAUAGUUAACUAGAUGGAUAGUCACUACUUCUGUAUUGAAAACAUUGUUUGUUUCGUAUAAAUUUGAUGCAAGUUGUUAUCUUCUGUAAGUCUGGAACCGAAAUUGAACAAAAACUAUGCUCGAUUACCGUUCUGGGUUUUUAAUUCGUCUAACCGGAAGAAAGAGGAUGUGAAAACUUAGUUGUGCUCCUCUGUUUUUCAUGCUAUUACUAUAGGAUAAGAUACUAUAAGAGAUGGUAAAAUGUGAAAGUUCCCAUUAUCUUGGUAUUCAAUCUUAGAAGAUUAUAUUAUAGUUC